UAACGGUAAGGUACGACUUCUCGUUUGUCAAAUGUGAGUGGUUAAAGUGAAUGAAGAAGAAGAAGUAAAAAUGUCGUUCAAUAUUAAUUUUAAUUGUGGUCCCCCCCCGGUCGGCCAAAAUGUAUAUAAAAUUGGAGAAUUGGAAGGGGAGAAGAACAUUAUUACAAAAGAAUCUAUACUGGAAUGUAUAAAUUCUCUGCCGAAGUGCGAAAAUUUGACUCUGCAGCAAAAGCCAGAAGUCGGUUGCCAGCAGACGGCCGAGAUUGCUGAUGAUAGCUUUGAUUGCUCCAAUCUGACAGCAGCACAGUUGGAGCAGUUGGCCCUACUGACGGCCGCAGCCAACCCUGGGCAAUCCAGCGUCAGUUUGAUGGUGAUGAUUCCCGUCGAAAGUUUGUUGGACAUUGUUCAGGUACUGUCUGGCACCGCGGCCCAGAUAGUAUCCAUGUCGUCAACCGUAUUAAAGGGGAAUUCCAGCAAGGGAACAACUUCCGAGGUGCCAAUCUGGGUGGAUGCAGGAGUGGGCGUGCCGCCCAGUGUCGGCAAGAUAGAUAUGGAGAUGUACCAAUCGCCCGCAGACAAACCGAGUGUGGUGGUGCAGACACAAUCAAAAUCGACCCAUAAUCCGAGUUUUCGCAUCCUGGAACAUGUCAUAAUUCCAUCCCAGCAGCCGGGCAGCAUUGGCAGCCUCUGCAAACAAGAGCAACAGCAGAAGGCGACUACCGCUGGAGGCAGUGCCCAGUGCUACUGGCGCGUCGUUGCUGUUGGCUUGCGGUUCUCGUCGUUUCUCUUCUGCCGCUGCUGCGUCGAUGCUGUCGGCUUGCGGUUCUCGUCGUUUCGUUCUUUUCAUUGCCGUUGUUUUGUUGCUUGCUGACUUACGGUUCUCGGCGUUUUCGUCGUCUCUCGUUUGCCGCUGCUGCGUCGUUGUUGUUGGUUUACCGACCCUGAAAAGUCAGUGGCGUCUGCCGUGAAAAUAAAAGGCUACGUGGGGCUCAGAUACCCCUCGGGCCGUAUAAUAACAAAUUAAAAACGUGUAGCCUUUCCCCCCUCGCCCUUAACCUAAAACUGCAAAGUCAAUGCUUAAAUCUAGAGAACAAGGAAAGGUCAAAAUCUUAAUUAUAAUAAGGAAACGUAGCUUAGGAUCCCUCCAGUAGAAAAAUGACGGCGAAAUGAUGGGCGGAAAAAAUGUGGGUGGAGCGGAGCGUACGCGCAGAGCACGCAUUAAUUUUAAAAUAUUACUUACUCACUGUCCUGCUGCAUAAACUUUAAUAUAAUAAUAUAAGUA